GGAUGCGGACCUAUAAGCACUACACGUGACUUGCUGUCAUGGUGACUUCCUAAAAAGGAGACGUGCUUUGGGGUCCGUACGUCACGACACAGUCGGGUUCGUUGUGAGUUUAUAAACGACGAAGAACGUGUAUUUUCGAUUAACAAUAUUGUGUUGUGAUCUCAUCCUAGUAACAGGUCGGCGGCUUUGUCUUCUGGACUAUGGGAAAUCGUGAUUGAGGAGGCGUUAUUUUGUGUUAUCGCCAUGGUUGGUUCGAGAAGAAAGGGGCAAACGUUUGCUGCCUUCGAGUAAACUUCUUAUCUCAAUCUGUGACUUCGUCUGCUGAUCGAUUGAUGCUACGGCAACGAGAAAUCGACAAAACCUGGUAGAGAAUUAGACGGCGGACAUUUUUUUUUUUUUGCAAAUGGAUAAGUUUGAAAGACUUCAGAAAAUCGGCGAAGGAUCGUAUGGCGUGGUGUUCAAAUGCAGAAAUAAAGAAAAUGGAUCUAUCGUUGCGAUUAAGAAGUUCGUGGAAUCCGAGGACGAUCCUUUGAUAAAGAAAAUUGCCUUGAGAGAAGUUCGUAUGCUCAAGACUCUCAGACACAAUAACCUUGUCAACCUGUUAGAAGUGUUCAGAAGAAAGCACAAGAUUCACAUGGUGUUUGAAUACUGUGAGCGUACAGUGUUAAAUGAGCUUGAAGCCAGUCCAAGAGGUGUUGAUCCAGCAUUGGUCAAGAAAAUCACCCAUCAGACACUGCAGGCAGUCAACUUCUGUCAUCAACAUAAUUGUAUCCACAGAGAUGUGAAACCAGAGAACAUCCUGAUUACUGAAAAGGGAGUUAUAAAGCUGUGUGACUUUGGAUUUGCCAGAAUGCUUAAUAAAAAUGACGAGUACACAGAUUAUGUUGCUACUCGUUGGUACCGUGCUCCAGAGCUUCUUGUUGGCGACGUCCAUUACAGCUUCCCAGUUGAUGUCUGGGCUAUCGGCUGCGUGUUUGCAGAGCUCAUAAGUGGCCAGCCCCUGUGGCCUGGGAGAUCUGAUCUUGAUCAGUUGUAUUUGAUCAGAAAGACUUUAGGUGAUCUCACUGAAGAUCAAAAGAAGAUCUUCAAGGCAAAUCAGUUCUAUCGUGGAUUAACUAUUCCGGAACCUCAGGAAAUGGAUCCUUUAGAGUCAAAAUUCAAGAUUCAAAAAGAAGCUAUGAGUUUUAUGAAGGGUUGUUUUGCUAUGGAACCCAGUCAGCGGCUAACUUGCGCAGAGCUCUUGACGCAUGCGUAUUUUGAUGAUUACAAAGAUGAUACGAGAGCGCCUCCAGCCGUGAAGACGAGAAAAACUAGGCUCCGAGCCAAGCCUCAAUUGGAGAACGAACCAGCUUCGCAUCAUUUACCUCAACUUGCUACUGACUCUCCUGCGCCUGACAGAACAGACAAAAACAAAGAUAAGACGAAACUCAGCAAGCUGGACCACCUACCGUCCAUUUAAUCAACGAAAACUUUUAAUAUUGUUAUAAUAUUAUAGUAUUGUAUUCAUAAUGUAGAUAAAUUAAAUGCAUGAUGUUGGGAAGAUUUUUUUGUGCCAUACAUGUACACACACUGCUGGCAUGGGGUUUCAUAAAAAAUGGUGAAGUCAGUGGUACUUUCAGGUAACUUUAAUGUAGAGGGUAUAAAUAAACAUUCUUGAAUUUUAGAAUGUGCGAUUAACUAUAUAAUUUAAGAAUUUUAUGCCGUGACUUUUUGCUGUAUUUAUAUAUAUCUUGGAGUAAAAAACAACUUGUUCCUUAUUAAAUUAUUAGUAUUUGUAAACUCUGAAGUCCAUAAGGGUGUAUGAUAUAAAAACUCUUAAGGUAGACAUUGAAAUGUAACUAAAUGUACGUAAAUUAUUCCGAGAAAGAUCAUUUUAGGUAAGACUUCCAAAUUAAUAAUAUAACUUAUAAACGAGAAUUACAGUUAAAAUUCUGUUUUCGAUCUACAAGAAGCUUCGCUUCUGUAGUUAGGUAACUUUCUCGUAGAGUUUGUGUGCUUAACUGUUUCUCUGUUGCGAUCGGUAUUGCUCGUUGUUGAAUGGAUAUUUCAUUGCAUGUUUUCUUGUAUGCCAAAAGAGUGAUAUGGCAGCUUUGAACAGAGGGCAGUUGUUGUAAUAUGGAAAAUGUUCAAAUUAAAAGAAAAAAUAGACCGCA